UUUAGACUAAGGUUGGCUACAAAAGUAAGUACAUUGCAGCGACUUCCGACASAUAAAAGUGUUUCAUUAUUUCGUGAUGCUAGUUUGGGACAUGAUUUCAGUCGRCGCUUACAUUUGAAUCUUUCUUCUUAUGAAUCAAAAACCAGAAAUUCGAGCACCGCCAGAGGUUUGGAAAAUGGUCAAAAAGUUCUGGGAUGCUAACAAAGAUAACCCAAAGUCUGAAAACUGGGGURUUGGUAAGAUUAAAAACUAGGGAURUGGACGCUUUGACGUUGGCCUGAAUCGAAAAAAGAAACUGUUUCGUAUUCUGAUYAUUUUUUCUUUUCAUUGAAGGCAAUACGUACACUAAUAACUGGAAARCGCACUCUAAGAUGGUGAGCGUUGAAGAUWCGGGCUUGCGUGGAGGUGGCUAUGGGCUAAAGCAAAAACUUUGGGAUGCAGCAUAUGAUACUAUKKCCGAAUGGACAGGACAAGAAUUGACCCAGUGUAGCYUGUAUGGCAUUCGAGUUUACUACGAAGGUAGUGUUCUAGCACCGCACGUGGAUCGUCUACCAUUGGUGUCUUCAGCCAUCAUCAAUGUUGCCCAGGAUCUCGACGAGCCUUGGCCACUGGAGGUCAUCGGCCAUGAUGGAAAAGCGGWAAACGUUACCAUGGAACCAGGUGAUAUGGUUCUUUACGAGAGUCACUCUGUCAUUCACGGACGACCCUUUCCUCUCMAAGGMAGAUUUUUUGCUAAUAUUUUUGUUCACUUUGAACCCACGGGCCAUACGUUGCGUCACCACAAUCAUAAAACGGAUGCCGGCUCCGACGUUGACCAAAAGUAUCGAGAUUCGUUGGCACGAGGUUCCGGUGGACAUGAAAAUGAACAGAACGGACUUCCCRSUUACAUUGUCCCCGGAACUCCUGAAGAAGCGCACUGGCGUGCUUCUCAUCCCGGUGGACAAAAAUCGAAAGGAAAAUCAUUUACCACUGGAUCCACACCAGCUCACCACGCGGCUCAGGGAGGUGAUCUCAAGACAUUGAAAAAAGAAGUAUCGAACAUGAAAGAAUUGAUUCAUGCCAAGGAUGCAAAUGGAUGGCAACCAGUAAGUGACGAUUUGCAAAGUAUUUGAUUCGGUCCACGAAUAUUCUGUUGCAUUUACUGACUAUUGCUUUUGUUGUGAUAGAUUCACGAAGGUGCCAGAGCAGGUCAUUUAGAGGUCGUCAAAUUUUUGGUAGAGAAUGGAGCCGACGUUAACGCGAUGACUCACGGUGACUURGGGGGAACUGCACUGUAUUACGCCAAGAGGACGUUCGAAGACGACCAUCCUAUAGUUGCUUAUUUGGAAAGCAUUGGUGGGCUAGACAUCGGCCCUGAUUUGUAAGAAGUUGCCAAUUUUUCKGUGUCUAUUAUGCGAGUUAGUUGUUGAUUUUGAAUUGCUAGAAUACUAUUAGGUUUGGAUUUGUAAUGGCACAAGUUUGAAACUUAUUUGUAGACUUCGGUGAUGUUUGGCACUAAAAGUGUACGAUAUGU